GUUGCCAAACACUCUGCCGACUGCUCUUCUGCGCCCUUCGCGAUGUUCCCCUUUGGUCGCGAGCGUGAGAACAUCAACGCGUCGACGGGUCUGCCGUAUUUCGAUGACAGCGUCGUUGGGUGCAAGAUCACCGGCUUCACUUCUAACGAUGGAUCCCACGACAUUAUCAAGCUCGUCGAUUCGCGCGACGACAUCAAGCAUGAGAUCUGGGCUGGCGAGCCGAACGCGGAUGGCGCUGGCUUCUUCAACUUGAAGAGUGUCACCGCCGCAACCAUCGUCGGCCAGAGCAUCAAAUCCGUCGGCCUCGCGCUCUUCCGAGCGUCCGGUGAGCUGUUCAUCCAGCCGCACCUCGACCCUGCGCCAGCGCACCUUUUCCGCGGGCCAUCCGCCGCCAAAUCGGGCGAGCGCAUGGGCGUCGCGUUCGUGCUGAGCGGUGGCGGCACCGUCUUUCCGACGCGCGACCGGGCGGGACAAGAGCCCAUCGGCUGCAUGCUGAUGUGCGAGGAUGGCGAGGACGUCACCGACGUGGACUGGCCAGCGCACACAUUCAAGUCGGUGGGCGCGCUCGCGGACGAGCGUGACAUCAAGCGGCGCCAGGACGCCGCCGACCUUGCGGCGCGCAAGUGCGCCUGCGGCAACUUUAAGACCCCAGGACACGUCGACGGGCUGUGCAACGCGUGCCGCAGCAAGGCGGCGCCCAGCCCGUCGACGAGCGCGGCCUCCAAGCGCAAACGCGCCGAGCCGGAAAACCCUUUCGACAACGUCAACGUGUGCCCGCACUGCUCAAAGGACCUCUCGGCGCUCGGGCCGCUGCGCACCGAGCGCCACAUCACGCGAUGCGAUCAGGCCUGACCGCCUGACAGGGCAAGUUCCAUGGCGUUGUGGACCUCAAGCAAGACAACCAGCCGCUUGGAUAUGGUGUGUGUUUGUGGCAAGCUCGCAAUACGCAAAGAGCAAAGUGCCGUGCGCGCGCCGAACAUUUUUCGUUUGCGGUUUGGGUGGCGCCCCGCGGCGCGGGACGCGUGAAAUCGACCACCGCGCCGUCACACGCUGAAUAUACGAGCCGAGGUUCGCCGAGAAGCGCGCUCCACUCGUGCGGUGCGGUUCGUACAGACUCCCGGACUGAGCCAUACACGGCUACAGUACCUGUACAGUACUCAGUAGCCACACACGGACACGGUAAAAGUACCAGUACGGUAGUCGGUGGUACCGUACAGCUAUCACUC